AUGGGCGAUCCGAAAGAUCAGGGCGCCACGACGGUGCAGAGAUCCGCCUCGUUCAGCAUCACCAGCCUCCUGCUGCCGUCCCGGAGCGAGCCUCCUCCGCGGGACCCGGAGCGCGGCGCGUCCCCCUCGGAGAGGAAGCCGGAGGAGCCCCCCGGAGCCAAGGACGGCAAGGAGCAGCAGCAGCAGGAGGAGGGCAAGGAGGGCAAGGAGGGGAAGCCGGACAAGCCCCCGUUCAGCUACAACGCGCUGAUCAUGAUGGCCAUCCGCCAGAGCCCGGAGAAGCGGCUGACGCUCAACGGCAUCUACGAGUUCAUCAUGAAGAACUUCCCCUACUACCGCGAGCACAAGCAGGGCUGGCAGAACUCCAUCCGCCACAACCUGAGCCUCAACAAGUGCUUCGUGAAGGUGCCGCGGCACUACGACGACCCGGGCAAGGGCAACUACUGGAUGCUCGACCCGUCCAGCGACGACGUCUUCAUCGGCGGCACCACCGGCAAGCUGCGCCGGCGCUCGGCCACCUCGCGGGGCAAGCUGGCGCUAAAGCGCGGGCUCCGCUUCGCGCCGCAGCUCGCGCUGGGCAUGGGCAUCCACGAGAGCGCGAGCGGCCCGCUGUGCUGGCAGCUCUCGCCCUUCCUCUCGCUCCACCACCACCACCACCACGCGCACUACAACGGCUCGGCGGCGCCGGCCUUCCCCGGAUACGGCGCGCUGCUGGAGGACGUGCAGGUGGGGAGGCCGUUCGGCGCGUACGGCGGGAUGAGCGCGGGGCUGCUGCACGGCCAGCCGGGCUACUUCGGCUCGGGACAGCAGGCGCCCCCCGCCCCGCAGCACCCACCUCCUCCUCCACAUCCUCCCCCACCCCCUCAUCCUCAGCCGGCCAGCUCGGCGCGCGCGCUGCUCGCGGACACUCUUGCCACCGCGCUGCCCUCUUUCUCGGCCGCAGGUGCCGGCGGCGCCUUCGCUGGGGUCUUAGCGCAGCAAAAAAGGGUCGCGCCCAGCUCGUUCUUAAACUGA